GGGGCACGAGGGAGGGGCUCUCGACUCUAGGACUGAGGCCAGGGCUGGGGUGCAGACCUCACCGGGUUGAGGAACGGCCCCUGAGUCCCGGAGCGCUGGGGCUGCCAGGUAGUCUAGCGAGCACCGCUGUUGCCCUAAAACUCGGGGAUCGAUCCUGAAGGGACCGAACUGGGAAUCAGAACCUGAGCAGGGAGGGAGGUUCCCGUUACCCUGACCUCCACCACGUUGAGGUGGCCACGUUCCAUCGGGGUUGGCUCUUGCAGGAGGUGGGCUACUGCCAGGGCAUGAGCCAGAUUGUGGGGGUCCUGUUGAUGUUCCUGUCCGAGGAGGAUGCAUUCUGGGCGCUGGCUCAGCUGAUGACCACGGAGAGGCACACCGUGCACGGUAGGAGCUGGCAGGGCGCCUGGAUGGGACCUGGAGGUCGGGACGGCAUCCCUGCAGGGCAGCUCCAGCAGCAGAACAGGCCAGGACCCCCACCCAGCCCGCCUCCCCGCCGGCAAAGGGCACUGCCUUCCUGGGGGCCCUUCGGGGUCCUGUAGCCUGGCCACUGGCCCCACCACUCGCAGACCAUUCUCACAUUCCCGCGGGUCCUGCAGCCUCCUGCCUGGCGGCCGGCCUGCCCCCCAGUCCCCCUUCCAGCCCAUGGCCAGACAAAGCCAGGUGGCAACAUCUACGGCUCCCAUGGCCCCAGCCUGGAUCCCAACCCAGGAGAUGGCCCUGCACGCCCCCAUCACCCUCCCCGUGGGCGGCACUCCCUGCCCCUCAGGGCUGGGGCCCUCCUUGCCCGCGCUGUGACCACCACAGCAAAGGGUUGCCGGGUCAGCCAGUCGUGGUCCUCAGCCCGGGGCCCCCACCCAGCGGGGUCUCUGCGAGGAGGAGUGUCCUCUGCCCCUGCCCCUCGAGGCCUGGCCAUAGUCCUGCUGCCUGGGAAGAGCAGGGCCAGCCAGGGCUCGGAAGGGCUGUGGGCACACUCUGCAGUCAGGGCAUGGGAGAGGAGGCUCCUGCCAGGGCUCACCCCCCACCUGGUGCGGGAGAAAGCCCUGAUGGUUGGGGGGCCUGGGGCCUUCUCAGGCUUUUUCAUUCCAGGGCUCCCCAAACUGCUAAGGUUCUGGGCCCAUCACAACCUUAUUAUAGCGCAAGAGCUGCCGAAGCUCAAGAAACACCUGGACAAGGAACAGAUGGGCACUGGCAUUUACACCUCCAAGUGGUUCCUCCAGUGUUUCAUCGACCAGACCCCCAUCUUGCUCACUCUGAAGCUCUGGGAUGCCUACAUCCUGGACGGGGAGCGGGUGCUCUCUGCCAUGGCAUAUACCAUCCUCAAGAUGCACAGCAGUGAGGGAGCCCAGGUGUGCCCGAGGCGGGCAGGAGGGGCGCUGGCCCACUUCCCGAGGAGCGAGGAGCGUGCAGGCCUCGGUGAAGAACAGAGGCCGGCAGGGGGCCAGCGGGGCACCCCGCAGAGGAGCAGCCUGCGUGGGGCCUCCCCCUGCCAUGGCUCUGCCCGCGGCGCUCCUGGGACAGCUGGACCCCAGCACAUAUCCCUGGGAGGCACCCUUGGGUGGCAGGGUGGGGUCCCUCUGGGUCUGACACACCCAUUGCCCAGAACGCCUCCUGAAGCUGCCCCCGGAAGGUCUUCGGGAGUUUCUGCUGGACACCCUGGCCCAGCCCUGGGCCCUGGAGAAUGAGGUGGUGCUCGGAUACCUUCGGGCCUCCAUGGCCCAGCUCCGAAGGAUGAGGUGCGACCUGCCCCCUCCAGCUGAGCUCAGGGCCCCGUCCCCUCCCGAUGCACCUUCCUGGGCCGGCACACAGUGGACAGAGCCCCUGGGGCCUUCCUCCUCAUGUCUCUCCCUCUCCUCUUCUGCUCCAACCUUGGGGAACCCAGGCUGGGGCCGGGCGUCCGGGCGCUCACUGCAGUGGCUGGGCAUCAGCACCUGGAGGGCUGUUGUCAGGGGCAGGCCAGGGUGGAGCCACGAGCACACGCUGGGCCCCAGCCAGCUGGGGACAAACAGCCUGCUGGGCACGCUGACCCAGCCUGCCUCUUUGCAGCCGGUCCGGAGGAGUUCCCCACGAAGCCCCUGGGCCUGGAGCCAGUGCCCUUGGCGCCCAAGCCCCGCCUCCCUUCUUGCGUUGAGACG